AUGUUAAAAGCAGUUAUAUCAUGGUCAGAAUUUGAACUAACCGUAUCCCGUUUAUAUAUUGAUCCAUCGUAUAUUGCGCUUGCAACAAAUGAUGCAAAAUUUGCUAUUGCUUUUGCACGAAUCGAAUGUCAUUAUUAUGCUCAUGGUGCAUUUAUGUCCGAAGAUAGUCAGUUAGUAAAAAAUGCUGAUAAAAUAAAAGAUAUUCCUGGUGUAAUUGUUCAAGGUCGUUAUGAUAUGUGUUGUCCACCUAUUACGGCAUGGGAUUUGCAUAAAGUAUGGCCUAAAGGUGAAUUACAUUGA